AUGGAAGUCCCAACAUGGACUCCUCUACCGAAAUUCGGUUAUGGCUUUGCAAUAUAUCCUUAUGCCCCGGGAGCACCACAAUUAAACGCUUCGGAUGAUCCCGCUAAAGCCACAAAUAAUGACGGUGCAUCGGACACCGCAUCAAUAAAUUCAGCAGAUUUAACUUCUCCCGCGAUUACUUAUCAAGUUCAAUUGGAAGUUGGUGAUGAAGUUUACGUGUUUGAGGAACAAGGAGCGUGGUACCGUGGCUACGUAGUCUCACAGUUACGACAGACUGAGGAACCGCAAGUUUAUGUGGGAAUAUUUCCGAUUAAUCACGUAUAUAUAAAAGAAUAUUUAGAGAAUGUGGAAUUAGGUGUACAUAAAUUUAAAGAAGAAGAAGUAGUUGAUCCUUCAUUUUCACCAUCACCCGAGCGCAAAAAAAUUCGUCCUCCGCCUCCAUUACCAUCACUCACAUGUGGAGACGAUACAAUUAGCGGUAAAACCGAACCACUUAUUGAUGAAAUUGCCAGCACAGUACGAGAAUGGAGUAGUCUUUUGCCUCAAUAUCUUGAACAACGUCGAUACAGUAUGUUCAACACUGUUAAAGAGCAAAUCAAUAAUUUAUUGCAAGGAAGACGUCAAUUACUUGCUCAAACAUUGUCACAUGAUGAAUUAAGUAAAUUAAGAAAAGAACUGAUUAAUAGACUUGUUUCGGGCAAUUUGAUCCAAGAGUUAGAUAUCAUUGUUCGUAAUCCAGAGAAAGGCUUUCUUGCCGAUGAAACUAAUAUAUCAGCAAUCCAACUUUAUCAAUUGCAGGCUCAAUUGGCAGUAAUGAACGUUGAUAAAUCCUUAUGCUCGGAUCCCCUUGCAAGUGUUACAACUGGAACACCACAGACUAACUUUAACUCUUGGUCUAAUUCACAUCAUUCCGAUAGUAGUACAAGCGGAAGUAGUGGAAAUAUUCAUGCUGCAAAAUUUUACCAUGUAUUUCUAGAUUUGAAAGCGUGGGUGGCUUCAAUAUCAACCAUCGGUGAAUAUACGGAACUUUACUUUUCAUUAUAUACCAAAACGGACGCACGGUUCAUAACAGAAGAGUAUUUUAUUAUUCUUAAUCAUAAUGGGGUGCCAAAAGAUCAAGCAAAGAUCGGGAAAAUGCGCACACUUUUCACCGAUCUUUCACCUCAUGAUAUUCAAGAUGAUAUAUUUCUAGUGUGUCGAAUUGUUCGUGCUGGAAGUAUGAAAUUGGUAGACAAAGAUAAAGAUGCACAGAAAGAAAAUGGAGCAAUGUCUGGUUUAUUUUCGAAAUCAUCAAGAGAUUCCGAAUUCAUUGAUCAAUCAACAAUUUCCAUACAAUCAAUUGGAAAAUCGACUUCUCAGGUUUUUCGCAGACCAUUUGGAUGCGCUGUCUUGGAUAUUAGUCAUCUUUUACAGGGAAAAGAAAAAGAAUCACUAAGCGAACAUGUAAUGCCAAUAUUUGUGUCGACUCAAGAAUCAACUUUCGCCACACUCCACGAGGACAUAAUUCACAAUCGCACUAAAGAAUUUGAGAAAUCAUCACGCGCUGAAAUGGUCAGUGUUUCAAUUCGUCCAUUCCACGGAGAGACUGCAACGGUUAUUAAAGAGAAUCCAGCAUUACUUCAAGGAAUUCCAAUUACAUCACGACUUGGAUUUGCGGAUGUAGUAUUUCCGGGUGAUUCUCGAAAUGAAAUUUAUCUGAAACUAUGGUCGGGUGAUUUCAGUCAAGGACGAUCUACGACUGCUAAAAAUAUUCAAGUGACUGCCGAAGUAAGAUUAAACACGGGUGAAAUAUUGGAACAUGCAAUUUCGCAAGGCUCUGGUGAACCUCAAGUGACACAAUUCGAAUCGCUCGUAUUUUAUCAUUCUAAUAAUCCAAUGUGGGGCGAACUAAUAAAAUUAAAAAUCCCGGUUGAUUUGUUUGAGCAAGUUCAUGUUUUCUUUACAUUUCGACAUCGGUCAACUAAAGACAAAAAAGAAGAUAAGAUGUUUGCAUUUGCAUAUAUGCCCUUAUUCCCAGAAAAUAGAGCAUUUAUCAGCGAUGGAAAACAUUCUCUAAUACUCUACAAACAUGAUAGGCAAUUGACCAAUCCAAGCGUUUACAUGAACUCUCCUUGGUCAAAUGCUGCGACUAUUCAAUCAGAGCCAACAUCACCCACUUCGCUUGGUCACACUCAUCAUCACAAUAAUUCGAGUACCUCAUUAGUAUCAACCGGCAGUAGUCAUCAUCAUAAAUUGAUGGUAUCAAAAGACAUUGCGAUAGUACGAACAUUUCUAUGUUCAACAAAGUACACGCAAAACGAGGUACUUUUGAAACUACUGAAUUGGGAGAAACAGUUAAAGUCAGAUGAGAACGAAAUGAUGUCUGUGUUAAAAAAAUUCACUUUUGUUGGUGAAGUGGAAAUUGUCAAAUUUCUUCAAGAUAUUUUUGAUGCGCUAUUCGGAAUAUUAGUCUCUUCGCAAAAUCAACAAAGUGAAUUUGACGAUUUGGUUUUCAACGCAUUGGUUAUCAUUCUUGCUAUCGUAUCAGAUCGUCGAUUUAUGAAUUUCCGACCUGUCUUAGACGUAUAUAUUGAAAAGCAUUAUUCAUGUGCCGCUGCUUCAUCUCAUCUAAUCCGCUCGAUGAAUCGACUUGUCUCUGAUCCCGGAAAUGUUGAUACCGCCAAAAAUCUUCGUUCUGCCGUCAAAGUUUGGCAAUAUCUUUUCAAAUUUAUUAUACGGUCUCGUGAACUUCAGCGUACAAAAGAAACAAACAUAGGUGUCAAAGGGAACUACGUUGAAGAACAAUUCAAAAAAGAUCUAUGGGCUUUAUUCAAAAGUAUCGAUCGAUUAAUGUCUCUUACCACACCACCAUCAAUAAUUGGUACUCAGACUUUAGCUUUACAACACUUUGCGUCAAUCUUUACUGAUUUAGGAAAAUGUUUCUCAUCCGAUGAUCUUGUACAAAUUGCCAUCAAGUUCACUGAAAGUGUUCGAUUACCGAAAGGCAAAUUGCUUGCUUAUAAAUUGCUGGUGAUAUUACAAUUCUGCCGAGGACCUUUAUUUGAAAAUGCAGAAUCACGAGCUACACUUUUAAGACGUAUAGUCGAAUGGGUAAAAGAUCAUAUGGGAAAAUGGGAAAAGACUGGUAAUGAUCAAGAAUCUGCUGAACGAACGCAAUGGCAAGAUGGGUUGAAGUUAUGUGUUACUAUAAUUGGAGUGACAUUAGAAAGUUUGCAGAACUCAAUUGGAAACGCAUCUGAUGAAGGGGCAAAAGAAAUGGAAAUUGAGAAUGUUUGUGUUAUUCUUCCAUUAUUGAUGAAAUUAUGCGAAUCCUACCGAGAAUUACAAUAUACAGCACAACGUAUACCGCGUGGAAGAACUGUAUCAAAUGGCACGGCACUUCAAUCGGCAAUGUCUAUGUACUCUGGAAUUCCGCCAACUCCAACGACAGGAAAUUCUUUACGAUUUUCCAAAGAUUUUUCUCUGAGUUUUAAUUUAACACCUUUAACACCGACAUUAACUUCUGGUUUAGGCGAAAUAUCAGCAGUUAUAUUGCAGAUAUUUUUCUUAACCUCUCAGCAACAAAUGAAAGAACAUCUUUUAUCACAAUAUUUUAGGGAAGGUGCCGAUUCAAUGGCUGAAUAUUUGAUUCUCUUGUUUAAAGUAGCGCAAUCUAUUCUGAUAAAUGACGCGUUCCCAGAAUCAUGGUUAAAUAUGAAUAUUAUGACGCACAAAGUUCUGCUGAAAUUACUAGAACCGGUUUCCUCAUUACUCGAAAAGAAUUAUAUUCCAAACAGAGCUAAUGCAGAUGCUUUCAAUGAGAGAUUAUGGCGUGAAUACUUUAGUUGUCUGCUCACCUUGUUAUCUAGUAAACAUUUGGUCAUUGAAAACUUUACUCCACAAAAACGUCGUGCUGUAUGGCGAUUGGCUGGUGAUAUUCGUGGUCGUGGAGCACAAUUAUUAUCUAAAUUAUGGAAGGCUAUUGGCCGGGAAAGGGGUAAAACAGGAAAAAUAGGUGGAUAUCAAGCUCAUUAUGUUAGUGCACUGUUGGGUCCAAUUUUGGAAUUAUGUCUCUCGCAUCACGAUGAAUUACGCACGUCUGCUAUAGGAGUAUUGUUUAGCAUGAUUUUGACUCAAUAUUCACUCGAUGAGAAUUUCAAAAAAAUGGAAUCGGACAUUAUUGACAACUUGGAUCGAUUAUUUAUGUCUGAAAAGAAGGGUGAUGAAAUAUCUCGUGCAUAUUUUAUUGCACAUUUAAAACGAUUAUUUGAAAAUAAAAAGACUAUCGACAAACGUCUUCGUGUGACUGUCACAGAUUUCUUGGACUCACUCGGUCAAUUCUUGGAACUUUUGCUCGGUGUACGUGAAUUGCCUGAAGGCGAAGAAUAUCAGGAUGAUCGAAUAAUGUGCACACUUAAACUUAUGAAAUUCAUUAAAUCGAUAGAACGGGAUGAAAUCUACGUCAAAUAUGUGCAUCAAUUAGUGUACAUGCAAGCUAACAGCAAUAAUUUUGUCGAAGCUGGACUGACAUUAAAACUUCACGCAGAUUUAUUCAAAUGGGAUCCGAAUUCAGAACUGGAAGCAAUUCCGGAACUUGAUUUACCAAAACAGUCACCAUUCGCAAGAAAAGAAAGAUUGUACAUUCAAAUAUUAGAUUAUUUUGUUAAAGGUCGAGCAUGGGAAUGUGGAAUUGAACUAUGCAAAGAAUUGGUUCGACAUUUAGAAUUCACCACUUAUGAUUACCAGCGACUUUCCGAUAUUCUCAAACAGCAAGCUGUCCUCUUCGAGAACAUUAUCAAAAAGGAGAGAUAUUUUAGUGAAUAUUUCCGUGUUGGAUUUUAUGGGCGCGGAUUCCCGGCUAGCUUACAAAAUCGUCAAUUCAUAUAUCGUGGAUAUGAAUGGGAAAAGAUUGGUGCAUUUUGUGAAAGAAUGCAAAACAAACAUCCACAAGCACAACUUUUGAAAUUCAAUACACCACCUCCGGAUGAUAUUUUAUAUGAUGAUGGACAAUUCUUACAGGUGACUGCCGUUACGCCUGAACCUGAUAGGGAUAAUCCAGUAUUUAAAGGUGACAUUUCAUCGUCUGUUCGCGGAUAUUACGAGCACAAUGCAGUGAAUACUUUUAGUUUUUCGCGCCCAGUUAAUAAGAAUCCAGAUGGCGUCAAAUCAAAUAAUGAAUUUCUGGAUUUAUGGACAGAAAAAACGAUUCUUGUUUCUGAGGAAACGUUCCCGACCGUACUACGCCGUUCCGAAGUUGUCAACGUGGAAUUGAUUGAAGUUUCACCGAUAGAAAAUGCUCUCGCAGCAAUGAAAGCUAAAAAUCGCGAAUUACUGGCGCUUGAAGCGAAAUAUGGUGCACAUUUAAAAACAAUUAACUUAUCAACACCGACAAGCACUAAAAUAAAUACAAAUCCACUGUCAAUGUCUUUGAAUGGUGCGGUAGAUGCUCCCGUCAAUGGUGGUGUUCCAAUGUACAAAAAAGCAUUCUUUGAUACUGAUUUCUUGACGGCUAAUCCGGAUAAAGAGCUUUUGGUUCAAAAAUUAAAAGGAGCAAUUGAUGAACAGGUUGAGAUUAUUGAUCGAUGUUUGGAAUUACAUGAUCGUCUUGUUGCUUUUGAUAUGCGUCCUUUGCAUGAUACAUUAAUAAAAUUCUUUAACAAAAAUUUUGCUGAUGAAAUAAGUCGAUUAUCGGAACGCAAAAAAGCCGCAGCAGCUGCAGAACCGCCCGCCAAAAUACUAUCUUCUCAAUUAUCAAGUUCACCUACAGAGGCAAAUUCACCGAUAACUAUUAGCAGCUCAUUUCGUAAACCAUCCCUUUAUGCGAUGGCUCCAUUUUCUGGUGAGUCAACAUCACCAGUCUCGCCAACGGCCUCUUCCAGUGCAUCAAUUAUAUCUCGGGUAGCUGCCGCUAAAUUACAAACAGCACGACCAUCAAUAAUAACACAAGGUCUAAAUAAUUAUGGCAGCAACAACAGCAGCAGCAAUAAUGAUGCCAUUAAUAGUAGCAAUAGCAUCGUUUCCAGUAACGGUAGCCACGUCACAAUCAUUUCUUCAAAUAAUAGCGGAAACAGCAGCAGCUUUAGCAACCACAAAAACAAUGAUCGUAUUUUUCAUGGAUCUCCUUCAAAUUCUUCAUCGGAUGUCGGAAGCCACAUUGAAGUUCCGUCAAGUCCAAAUGGUGACACUAUUACCGAAAUACCAAUGAUUAGUCAUCAAAGAAAGGGAUCUAUCUUGAAGGAGAGAAAAGGAUCGAUGGUAUUUGGAGAACGACGUAUGACCAUUAAGAAAUGGUCAUUGAACAGGAGUCGUAGUACGACUCGUUAA